CUCACCGGCCACCACCACCACCGCCCAGUGUCGUUCGCUGGCGCUCUCAAAUCAAAUUAAUUUAUGGCCCUUAAUCGAUUACAAGCCGGUCGGCAUUUAACUCAAGCAGUUAAAAUUCUCCAAUUUUCCUACUCGUUCAGAAGCUCAGAAUGCUACUCAACUUUAGUCUUCACUGAUUCUAAAUGUUGGAGCAAUUCCUCUUGCAUCUUUGUGCAGAAGGCUCUUCCAUGGAAUAAUAAAUUUCCUCGAGGUUUUUACCGAAGCAUUGCAUAUUGCGCAACUAAUGGCUCUUGUGGGCUUCCUUGGACUUGUAGAGAUCCAGAUGAACGUCAAUUGAUGAAGGCUGCCACGUUAUCAAACUUCAGUUGUAUGAGGUCAGUUACCACGCAAGCAAAAGCUCCACCUCAAGCCCGACAAAUGGGGGCUCUUAAAGUUUCCAUGUUGAGUCCUGGAAUUGUAUAUGAGCCAUAUGCGCCUCGUGAACCAAUCUCCUUCUGGAAAAGAUGGUUCACCAGAAAUGGUUGGAAAAGAACUAAAGAGGAUAUCAUUCUGGAGCUGAAAGGUGCUUAUGCAAUUUCAAAAUUAAGGAAGUAUGGUUAUUCAAAAAAUAAGUUCUACAAUGAAGCUAUUAAUUUAUACAAAGAGAUAAACACCCAAAUGGCCAAUGGAGACAAAGGACUAUUGAGGAAAACAGUAACGGAGAACAUGUACUCUGCCCUCAAGAAUGAGAUUAAGCAAAGAGGAACAGUUUGGAGCCAUGUUUAUUGGGAGCUAGUGGAACCUGUUGUUAAAAUACGAACUUUGCGAGCUCGACUGAUUGGCGUUGAUCGGAAUGACCUGAGUAAGGUGUUCAUACAGCUUACACUAGAAUUUCUGACUAGACAGAAGUUUGAGGCAUAUGAUUCAAAUGGAGCUGUUGUUGCUGGAGAUAAAAAUAAGGAGGUUCUUGUACGCGAUAUUUGGGUUUUCGAGAAAUCUCUCUUCCACCCUGGAGCAUACUGGCGCCUAUGUGGACGAAUCAAAGUUUAGGUUCUUUAUGUAGAAUAUGAGCUGAAGUUUUGUAGCUCAUUACUGGCCCUUUCCACCAAAUUUCGCUUCAAUCCUGCAGUUUUCAAUCACAGAAGGGAAGGGACGUAUCAGUGUUAAGAAAAGGGAAAUAAUGCUGCAAUUUUUGUCAAAUUAAUUAUGCAAUGUGCAGAGGAAAGGAGGCUGUGCAGAAUAAUUUCAAUAAAUAUAUCACCAGUAUAGACUUGCAAGGUGAAUUGUUUUGGUAAGUUUAUUGCGAUUGCUUUGGUUUAACCUUCAAACUGAGACCACCAGCACGUCGUUCGACUUUUCCGUGAGAAUUCAUUUUUGAACGUCGACUUUGUUCUCUCCGUCAACGGAGGAUAAAUAGUGCUCCUAAAGAAACUGUUGAAGCAAAGUGAGUGAUUCUGUGACCGUUUUGAAACAAAUUAAAAAUUGGUGACCAAUAUAGGGUAAAUGAGUGAAAGAUAACUACUUCCUCAUUGUGUGAUAUCAUGUGGUUUAAAUAAUCUUAUAUGCCCUUCUGACUUU